UAUAAGAGUAUUCGUCGGUAUUCGUAUUAAUGUUAUUUAUAGGUUAUCAAUAAACCUGGUUUAUACUAAUAAUAUAUAAAUAUGUGAUAAAAUUUAAUCAAUAUUUUGUUAAUCUUGUGCUUUUAUGAGUAAAUUAAUUUAAAAUGUUGUACGAUGAUUUUAAACCUAUCGUAGACCUUGUGUUCAAUAACUGGACGGCGCUGCAACUGGCCGUGGAGCAUGGAAUGGGUGCACCAGGCGGUGAAAAAACAGCACAGUUGAUGGCAGUGUAUGUAGCAAGGUAUUGUGUUGAAAAUGUAGUAGAACGAGAAGAUUUAACAGAACUUUUAGAAGAUCUAAUGGAUGAAGAAUUUGAGACAGUAUGUCAUGAUAAUUCACCCAAAGAAGUCUCAUCAUUACUUGUUUUUUUUCUGGGACUACUGAAGGAAGGACGACAUGAUGAAUUACGUAACCACAUAGAAGCUUUGCCUAAAUCUCAGAAAUGGCUCAGUGAACCCAUUCACGAGUCGGUCCCUCCACAAUACCAUGGAAACCCAGAUGAUGACACAACAAGUAGUGAUGAAGAUGAUGAUGACGAUGAUGAUGAUGAUGACGACCAAGAUUCUCAAUCAGUCAUUGAAGAUCACGGAGAAGCCCCAUCAACAUCUAACCAGAAUAAUGAACCUGAACCCAUGGAUGAGGAUGUAGAACCUGGGUGGACUGUAGUUAGGACACGAAGACGGAAAUAGCUUGACACAUAAUAAUCAAUUUUGUGAUGCUUCAUGGUGCAUUCACAUAGUAGUUGAAAUACUGCUUAGUAUUAUUUAUAUGGGCUUACUUCUGAAUGCCUUGAGGUGGCAAAUAGAAAUUAAAAAAAAGUAUUGUGGAAAAUAAUAAAAAAAAAAAUUGUCGGAUCCAAACAAACCAGGAAAAAACUAAUGAAAGCUCUUGUGUGUACAUAUCCUUUUGCCACCAAUAUUGCUAUUUUGAUGUUUUGCUUUGCUGAUGAUGCUGAUGGACUUCACUACCAACCAGCUAAUGCACUGGCAACACUAGUUCAAUACAAAAUGGGUUGGCCACUUAAGCUAUAUAAAAAGUGAUAAUGUGGGUGCACCAAAAUGUGUACAUAUGCAUUUAAAGUGUCAAUUGUAAAAAGUUUCUCAUAAAAAUAAUAAAAUCACUGAUUAAAUAGUGGCAACACAAGGAGUUAAAAAAA